CCUGACGAACCGCACAGCGACGGCGGGUGGAUUCGAAGAAGCGCGAUCGAUGCCGUUGGCCGGGAUCGUGUCCUCCUCCGCCGCGGCUCUUCUCCUCCUAUUCGUCCUCUUGGCCGAGGGGCAGCCGGCGGAAGGCCUCGUGGCCAAGAACGGGAGCGAGGCCUUCUUGACGCCAGAGCCAGAGGUGUGCUACUGCUACCGGAGGAGCGUCACCGACGGGGAAGCCAAGCUGGCCAAGACGGUCGCCGUCGGCCCUAUUGAGCUGGGCCUGGGCGCAGUGCCGACGUCAAAGACAACAGCAGUCCCGGCGGACACGCACGCGCCUACACCUCCAGCGCUAGCCCCGCCUGCCGCUGAAACGGGCCUGAGCUGGCGAGCCAAGGCAUGGUGCUGCUGGGUCCUCGCCGUGGCAACGGUGGUCGUCCUGUUCGUGGUGAGGCCUGAAACGUUCCUAGUAUCACCGCGAAUCGACGGCAUGUUCAUCACCGGCGGCGAGGGAGAUCCGCCGGUUGACGGCAACCAACAUACCACCAUGGAUACGGUCCUGGAUACGGUGCCCGACAUCCUCAAAGUCAGCGUCGACUCGAGCGAAACUAGGCGAGAACGUGGCUCGAGUCCGACGCCCCGACCCCAGCCGCGCGACCCCAUGUUGAUCUCCGAUAGCAAUGGCGAUUCGCCCGUGGACGGCCUCCACGACGGCCGCGGUGAGCUCUUCUACUGCCCCAUGUGCAUGGAGACGGCGCCCAUCGUCCUCAAAUCCCGCUUCGGCUCGUGCGACGACCACGUCUUCUGCUCGAGCUGUGUCGCCAAGUACGUCGCUGUGAAGCAGCGCCAGGACGUCGCUCUUCCCGUCGAAUGCCCCGACUGCGAGGACGACCCCUCGUUGAACAGCGAUGGCGAGGGCAACGAAGAUUCACCGGCGGACGGCAAUGGUAAGCGCUUCUACUGCGCCAAGUGCAUGCAUGUGGUGCCAUGUGCAUGUAUACGGCCCAGCUUCACCUCGUGCACCCAUGACUUGUGCUCGAGCUGUGUUUCUCGUCAACUGCGAGGACGCCGCCGCCAAGCCGGAAAGCUUCCGCGGCAUCACCCCACCGACCUCCUCCCAAAGGGCAAUGGAGAUUUGCCGGUCGACGUUGGCGGGGAGCUCUUCGACUGCGCCAUCUGCAUGGAGCUGGUGCCCGGCACCCUCAAGUUCGGCGUCAACUCGUGCGCCCACGCCUUCUGCUCGAGCUGCGUCGCCCAAUACAUCGCCGCGAAGCUUGACGAGAAGGUCGCUCGCAUCGAAUGCCCGCACCCAGGCUGUGAGGACGGUGCCGUCGAGCCGGAGAGCUGCCACGGCAUCAUCCCCACGGACCUCCUCGACAAGUGGGGCUUGCUGCUGUGCGAGCUCGCGGUAGGCACCAAGAGGAUGUACUGCCCGUACCGGGAAUGCUCGGCGCUCCUGCUCGCCGACAGCGAGGCCGGGGCGGCGGCGAUCGCCGAGGCAGAGUGCCCGCACUGCCACCGGCUUUUCUGCGCCCGGUGCGCCGUGCCGUGGCACGACGGCUUGGGGUGCGAGGAGUUCCAGAAGCUCGGGCCGGACGAGCGCGGCCGGGAGGACCUCUUGCUCCGGCGUCUCGUCGGCAAAGAGGGCUGGCAGCGGUGCCCCGAGUGCCAGAUGUUCGUGGAGAAAUCGGAAGGGUGCAACUACAUCAAAUGCAGGUGUGGAUACAGCUUCUGCUACCGAUGCGCAUCCGAGUUGUCCGCGCAAAACCAUUACUGCAACAAGUGCAAGCGCUAAUAAUAUAACGGUCUGGUUGGCUAUGGAGGGACGGUUCUUACCACCAACUACCACAUGAGUUCAUCUCGGCCAUGUUAAUUAAUUUCCUCAAGCCUUUAUCCAAAAAUUGUUUCCUCAAGCGAAAAAUGGAAAUCUAGUCAGGAAAAGAACCUUGAUUAAUUAGGUUGUACAGCUUUGUUUGGUUGAUUCUCCACC